CCCAUGGUGUCUGCCGCGGCUCUCUUUGGGGAUGGCAGAAUGAGAAGAAUGCUCCUAGUGCUGCUCUGCGUCUCCCACGCUUCUGCCAGUUGUGGCAUCCAGAAUAUCAACAUUGUGGAAACUUCCGAGGAGGGGCUGGUCAAAGACAAGGAGUUCCCGUGGGUAGUGUCUCUGCAGGAUUCCCAGUACACCCACCUGGCUUUCGGUAGCAUCCUCAGUGAGUUCUGGAUCCUCAGCAUUGCAUCUGCCUUACAGAACAGGAAGAACGAUGUCACUAUAGUUGGUAUAGCUAAGAUGGAUGCAAAACUGAUUCCUCACGAAGAAUAUCCAGUCAACACCAUCAUCAUCCAUGAGGAAUUUGAUAAUGAAACAAUGAAGAAUAACUUAGCCCUCCUGAAGACAGACACGGCAAUGCAUUUCAACGACCUGGUCCGGCCCAUCUGCUUCCUUGGCAGGAAGCUGCAUAUGUUGCCAGCCUUGCAGAACUGCUGGGUGGCAGGAUGGAAUCCCACAUCUGCAACAGGAAAUCACAUGACAGUGAGUAUCCUGAGGAAAAUCUCCGUGAAAGACAUCGAACUGUGUCCCUUAAACAAAAUCCAGAAAACAGGAUGUGGCAAUCAUGUGGAGCAGGAAACUGACUCUGUCUGCUUGGGGGACCCAGGAAACCCAAUGAUGUGCCAGCUGAAGGAACUGAAUCUAUGGAUGCUGAAAGGAAUCCUGUCCCAUGGCAGUGAGCAAUGCCCCGGCCUGUUCCUGUACAUCAAUGUAGAAGACUACAGUGACUGGAUCACGUCUAAGACCAAGAGGACCAGCCCUCCCCUGUCGCCCUUCCGCCACUGGGAGAACCUGAUUCCCUUCCCCGGCUACUCAUCCCGAGCCGCCGUGACACAGAAAACACAUCCUGGGCUGGGCCAGGUUGGAUGGUCCCGAGUACACCUCCAAGGACAAAAAAGGGCCACCAUGCAUUCAUGGCUAGUAAAUGGCACUCAAGCGAGCCUAGACUUCAGGGAAAGGGGGCCAACGGAGUUGGGCACGUCUUCUGAGAUGGCCGUACAACCCGUGUUCUAUGACUACUACGGUGGGGGAACUGGGGAGGUGGGGGAGAGCGAGUCUACUUCAGGUCAGAACAGGUUACAUCAACCCCAAGAAAUUAUCUUGUUUUUCUUUGUGCUUGCUUUCUUUUGUAAUGGUAUCUUAGUCUAG